AUGGUCAUGACCAAGCUCACCUCCGACGGCCUCAGUGGUCUUUGCUCUAAGGAGAAACUGCAACUCCUGGACACGGUCGACUCCCUUCGUUCUCAUGGCAUCAGCCACUACAUCUCCCUCCCUCAAAUCAUUGUCUGCGGCGACCAAUCCUCUGGCAAGAGUUCUGUCCUCGAAGCCAUUUCGGGUGUCUCCUUUCCAGUCCGUAGCAAUGUCUGCACCCGCUUCCCUACCGAGCUGGUUUUGCGAAAGACUGCUCAUACUGGUGUCAAUGUCCGCAUUGUCCCACAUCAUUCCCGCCCAGAGUCCGAACGGAAGACCCUGGCCAGUUUCCAGGAGACUCUUGACGCCUUUGACGAGCUCCCUGAGCUGAUUGAGCGUGCGAAGGCUGCCAUGGGCAUUACCACCCUCGGCAAAGCCUUUUCAAACGACCUCCUUCGCAUCGAAAUCAGCGGCCCAGAUCGCCCUCACCUCACCAUCGUUGACUUGCCAGGUCUCAUUCAUGCCGAGACCAAGAGCCAGUCGCAGGCCGAUGUGGAGAUGAUCAAAAAGGUGGUCAAGGGCUACAUGAAGGAACCACGAAGCGUCAUACUUGCCGUCGUGUCUGCCAAAAACGACUACGCCAAUCAAAUUGUUCUACAGUUGGCUCAGCGAGCUGAUCCCAAGCGCAACCGAACCCUCGGAGUCAUCACAAAGCCCGACACUCUCCACCCUGGCUCCGAGAGUGAGCGGAGCUUCAUCAAUCUGGCCAACAACAAAGAUGUUGAGUUUCGCCUCGGUUGGCACGUCCUCCGAAACAGAGACUCUGAGAAGGACUCUUGGGGCCAAGAAGAGCGGAACGCCAUGGAACGGGACUUCUUCUCCACGGGUGACUGGGCUUCUCUCAGUGCAUCUGACUGGGGCAUCGACACGCUCAGAAACAGACUCAGCAAGCUUCUUGUUCGACAAAUCGCUUCCGAGAUCCCUCACUUGAUCAACGAGAUUUCCGCCAAAGCCGAGUUGCGUCAACAUCAACUCGACCAACUGGGCCAGCCAAGGGCUACGAUUGGCGAGCAGAGAACCUACCUCAUUCAGAUUGGCCAAGAUUUUCAGGCCAUUGUCAAGGCUGCAACCGAGGGAAACUACACGAACCCCUUCUUUGAAGAUGCCAUGUCCGAGGCAGGAUACCAAAAGCGCUUCCGGGCUGUCAUCCAGAACCUUGGCCAGGACUUUGCCAAGGAGCUCGACAACGACGGAAAGCAUAUCCAAAUCAGCGACGAACCGAGGGAAGAAUUCGCUAUCGGUGGCCCUACCAUGACCCGACAAGAAUAUCUUGACAAGAUUGUCAAACUGAUGAAAAGAAGUCGUGGCAGAGAGCUUCCUGGCAUGUUCAACCCCUUGAUCGUGGCUGAUCUAUUCCGAGAACAGUCUUCGCCAUGGGGAGAUCUGGUUCGAACACAUGUCAAGAACGUCUGGGAUGGUGCUCGCGAAUUUCUACGACAUGUUGUCAUACACACAGCCAACUUGACCACUGCAGAUACACUGCAAGAGUUUGUUCUCAUACCGAAGCUGGACAAAAUUUUCAGAAGGCUAAGCGAGAAGGUUGAGGUGCUACUCAGCCAACAUCAAGAAGGCCACCCAAUCACCUAUAACGACUCCUUCAUCGACACGCUGCAACAGACCAGAAUUGAGCGGCGAACGGCAGAAGUUUUUGAUGCACUGAAAACCAAAUUCGGCGGGGUAGACACUCUCACAGCCAGUACAUUCAGGUACUCAAGUUUUGACUUGAGGGACGUGGCUGAAAGCCUGGCCAGCCCCCCAAAGUCGGACAUGAACUACUUUGCAGCUGAGGAGGUACUUGAUGCUCUCGAGGCUUACUAUAAGGUGGCCAUGAAGAGAUUCAUUGACGAUGUGGCCGUUGAGGCAAUCGAAGCCGGCCUGGUUGCCGAACUUGGAAAGCUCAUCGAUCCCGUCAGUGUGUCUAUGAUGUCGAACAACGAACUGAAUCAAGUUGCCGGAGAAACGGAGGUCAGCAAGACGUUGCGCAAGGACCUCGAGACUGAGCUGGAGGUGUUGAAGGGCGGCAUGGCAAUCUGCAAACAGUUUGCUGGUUUUAGUUUCCUCGGUGAGUAA